UUUCAAGACAUUUUAUUAAUUUUCAGUUUAGAUUUUCAGUAGUUUCUUGAGAAGUUGCUUCCAAAAUUAAAGGCACAAAUCUGAUUCAAUUAAAGGGGUGGAGCUAAGACACGUGAAAAGGAAGCAAUGAAAGGAAACACAAAUAAGAAAUGACAAGCACCCUCUCUGUGUUUCUACCGCUCUCUCUCUCUUCCUCUCACCUCUGAAAGUACCACUGUGAGCUGUCACUCGUCAGUAAACCGUGUGUGAGUAAUGAAGACGUGAGUGAUCUAGGCCUGUACUGCUGGAUAAGAGAUGGCGGGUGUUUUAUGGAUGCUCUUUGUUGUUUCCUGUCCUUUGGUUCUGUCAGAGAGUGGAGAUUUUGAUUGGUUAGAUGAUGUGACCUGCACGUCUACUAUGACCGUCAGUCAAAGUAACCUCAUCUGCUCGCUCGACGAACCCCCUGAGGAGGUCAAAUUCAUGACACUCUGCAAAAUGGAAGGUUUGGAAAAAAAGUGUACAAAUGCUACUAAAAGACCACAAGACUUUAUUUUUGAGAAUUUGAUUGUUACAGCAAAAUAUGAGCUACACAUAGGAAAUGAGGUUAUUAAAAAUGUCAUCGACCUGUCAAAAAUGGUCAAAAUCCCAGCUCCUGAAAUGAAGCUUGCCACUUACAUGGAAGACACAGAAGAAGUUUUCAUAUGGUUUGAACACAUUCAUGAAUAUGUUAAAAACCCUGAAUUCCAAUUGGAAAUCUGGAGGGACAAAAUUGCAGAUAAGCCCAUCAGACCCAUUAUAAAAUAUAGGAACUACAGUAUCAGCAGGGACAGACUUGUUGGAGAUGGUGUUUACUACACACGUGUUAGAGCAAAACCGUGGGACUUUUUUGCUGGCGACUGGAGUGAGUGGAGUUCAAAUGCAACUUUCACUAUAACAAGUUCUACAGUUCCUACCACAGAAAAUAAUUUUCCAAAGAUUGGUUUCAUCAUCACCUUCUUUGUCAUUCUGGUGCUCAUCAUCGGUUUGGGGACCUUGCGAUGGAGAGCGCACAUAAAAGACUACAUUACACCAAACAUCCCACACCCGAAGGCAACUCUUGCACAAAUGCAAAGGGGCCUUCCUUUCACUUUCAGUCCUGAGAUAUUCAGUGACGUCUUCAUACACCGUGUGGAUUACGUUGAUGAAAAGCCAUCUACUGAGCUUCAGGACGGCCUGGAUGAGUGCCGCUACAGUCAAGCCAGUUCCUCAAGAACAUCAGUGAGUGAAAUGGACAUGAAAGCUGAUGGAUGUCUUCCAAGAGAGCAGUCCCACCUUAAAAUUAGACUGUUAGAUGAAUCAGAUUUGUUGAAAGAAAGCGAACAUGGCAGCUCUCAGAGCGUAACGGCAGCUCAACGAGAAUGUAAAGACGAAGCCUAUGUCACUAUGUCCAGUCUCUUCAAAACGCAAUGAAGAGACGGUCUCAAGUCAGUUCCAGUUCACUGUUGAUUUUAUGGACCCUUGGUUUGUAUGUGAUAAAGAGUUAACUGAGAUUUUAUGAUGCAUUUAAUAUCCCAAUAAGCCUGUUACAUGUAUAAGAGGCGCUUUAACACAUCACUAGUCAUGUCCGGUUUGUAGCUCUGAUGCUAACCAAGUUUGUACAUAUAGCAGUCAUCCACAGGUUUCAUUUUCAACCAAGCAUUGUGCACAGCUGUGGUCUCCAUUUUGGUAGCCAGUUUCCUUCUGAAUGUUUCAGAAACACAGGCAUUAAGAGUGAUAAGAAAUAGAGAACUCCACAUUUCUGAAGUCAUCACACAUAUACUCAGACCUCAUGUAACUGCUGCUAGCCUCAGUAUCCUCUGCCAGACAUUUACCUAUGUAUAUUUUCAUCCAUAAAUAUGGCUGAGUAAAGCUGAGAGGUUUAUGUUCUGUUAACCUCGCGCACAACUUUCAAACCUGAUACAUACAGUUCAAGUGGCACUUUUUCAAUUAUCAGAGGAUUUAUUUAUAAUGAUCAGAAAAAAAUAUUUUCUGUGUAUAUUAAAAAAACAACCGCUUUUAAUGCUAACUUUGUAAUGCAAUUCAGCUGUAGCCUAUAUAUAUAGUAAUCUAUAUUAAAACA